AAUAUCAAAAACAUGUCUACCAGAUUUGGAAAAGAGAGAGAACAACUUGAGAUUGCUAUUGAUCGUGUUAUUGUCACAAUAUCGGAAAGAAGAUCGGCACGUAGUCUACAUGGCACUAUUGAACAGCCACUUCAUAGCGUUCUUACAGCUUCCGUUGAUCUGGCUAAUAUUGUCAGCAUGAUAUUAAACAUUCUGGAAAGGCCACCAUUUGAUUGCAUGUCAGAAUUUUCCAGCCUGAAAAAUCAUCUCACUAAACAUAUCACAUUACUGAGAUAUUUCUCUGAAAAGCCUGAUCUUAACUAUGAAAAUGAAUCUGAUUUAAUAAGUGUGUGCAAGGGUGUGAAUAAAAUGUGUCACUACAUACUUGCUUUACCACCCGAUUUUCCUAAACCAGAAACACAAGCUCCAGGAUAUGUUCCCUGUGAAGAGAGACCACUUAGGUUGCAAGUGCCAAGUACAACUGAACCUAAAGCAAUGAGUUCUUCAGUGAAACGUAAACCUGAUUGUAUUCCACUCAUUCAACAUGUAUCAGUACCAGUAACUACAACCAUCUUUUCAUAUGGAGCUCCCAUACAAUAUGCAUCCCUUCCAAAUCAAAGCGUACCUGAGAGUUAUUCACCUUCACAAAGAGUUGACAGUCCAAGUGAUGAAGGCGCAAUUACACUGGAACAUGAUAAAGAAAACAAAUCAGAAAAAGAAAUUCCUGAUGCAGAUGCAUCUGAAACUUUAGGUAGUUCUUUUUAUAAAACUCUACAAGACCUGACAAUAAUUGAAAGUGAUACUCCUCUUAUAGACUCUGGUUCUGAACGAUGUGUGAUUGAUUCUGACUCUGACAGAGGUAUUGUCUCAGAUUUUGAAGUUGAUAAACAAUCUAAAGACUCUGGAUCAGUAAUAUUGGGAGUAGUCUCUGACUCAGAAAAAUCUCCUAGGGAUUCAGACUCUAGAAAACAGCUGUUUAAAGCAGGAACAUAUCCAGUAGAUUCAGUCUCUGUUGAAGACUUGACCCAAACUGGGGAACCCCUGGUGAGAAUUGAACAGUACCAGGUGGAAUCAGGAUCUCUGAAAGACUGGGUGGCCUCAGGCUCAGAAAAGUUCCUGGAAGAUUCUGACUCUGAAAGGUACUCUGACUCUGACAGUGAAAGGAAGAAAGAAGAAAGACACCAAAUGGCUUCAGAUUCUAUAAAACGAAUGAUGGAAUCUGAAGAAACAGUGAUGGAAAGUGAAAAUUUCUGGAUGAUUUCUGAUACUGAAAGUUAUUCAGUGCACCCAUACAAAAGAAAGGAUAGAACACCAAAAGCUAAGGUACAUCUGAUACAUGUUGACAAAAGAAAAAAAUCAAGAUUUAAGAGGUAUAUGAUGGACUCUGACUCUGACCCAAGUGAUGUGGACUCAGAUUCAGAAAGAUCUGCGUUAGCUUCAGAAGCUGUAAAGUGUUUCAUGGGUACAAAAACAUUUCACCAGAGCACUGCUAACAAAAACUUUCCAAGGGAUUCUUGGUCUGAAAGAAGGACAGUGAACUCAGACUCUGAAAGCCCUGUGAUAUCCUCUGAUUCUGUGAAGCACAUGAAGAAGGCUGAAACAUGUCAAAGUACCUGUAAUUUGGAAGGACUCAAGGAUGCACCUAGGUCUGAGUCUCCACAACACUGGUUAGAUGUUAAAAGAAAACAAUCAGAUUCUGAUCAUGAAGGACACUGGGACAGCUCUGGAAAAUAUCAGUUUAGGUCUGUAACACCUCAAGAUAGCUUUGGAAAAUGUCAGGAUGACCUUCAAACAUUUCAGAGCAUCACUGAAAAAGAUCAAGUAGGCUCCAGAUCUGAAAUACAUCAGACACAAUCUGAAAAUGAAAGACAUCAAAAUGAACCUGAAAGUAAAAGACACCUCAUAAAGACUGAGAAGGGAUUAGACAAUGAGGGGUUUCAAAUGGAUAAGGAAAGAGAAGGACAUCUCUUGGCGUCUGACUGCCGUGAUUCAGAAAAUGAAAUAUAUCGUCUCGGUGCUCGCAGAAAGGAUAAUCGUCCUCCAGGUUUCUGGAGGCCAGUUAUCCUUCCUCCUAAGUUUGACCAUGAAAAGAAAACUGAAGAGCGAAAGUCUGUACAGCAAAAAGAAAAAAGAGUUGGCAGAAUUCAGACAAGACACAAGAGUGAAGACAAAGCUGUGAGAUUCAAAGAGGCAUCUUUACGUCUCAGUGACAAGCACAGUUGUAGGUUUUCUCCAGACUCUCACACUUUCACAGGUGAAAAGUAUCACAGAAAACCCAGCUGGAAAAUAUCUGUCCAUAAGCACCAUCGCAAGGAGUAUAGAUAUGCCCGUAGUUAUGAGAGUACCAUUCCUCUACGUUCUGAGACUUGCACCUCUAAUGUUGUUUGCAGCCCAACUUCCAAGAAUCCUAAGUCUGUCACAAGGCGUAAGACUCGAAGAAGUAUUACAUUUUCUUCGGAUGAGGGAACUCAAAGAUGUGCCAGAUGUUUUAUGGAAAUCAGUAACUCUUCUUUUCAUAAAUGCCCCACGAAUUCUGAUGACUCUGACUCUGAUUCUCCUUUCCAUGGCCAGAUAUCCUCAGAUUCUAAAUAUUCCCAGAGGUCUAAAACUGUUAGACACUUCAAGACUUCUCGAAAGCGCCCUUUAUCUCGAUCCCUGGAUCCUAAGCAUACUGUAGGCAUCCGCUGCUCUCUGCACAGGGAAGAUGAUAAAGGUUCUAUGGAUCCCAGCUCUCAUUUACAUUGUGAAAAUUAUUCAGCUCUCCAAAGCUUUAAGGGUUCUUCUGCUGCCCAGAUUAUACCUAUGGACACUAAAAAAACUGUGGGCCAACAUAGUAUCCGGGGCCAUGUAACGUCAACGCCAGUAAGAUUAUCUCAAAGUGGAAGCAAGUUUAACCUUACUACCCAACCUCAAAAUAAGGAUAAUCCUGAUGACAGUGAUAUUAAAUUUAUCAGUGCUAGACAUAUCAAAGAUGAGGCUGAUAUUAAAGAUCCACUUCUGUCCAAAGAUGAGACAGACAAUGAAGAUGAUACAAAUACUGAAGAUGAAACAGAUACUGAAGAUGAAACAGAUGCUGAAGAUGAAACAGAUACUGAAGAUGAAACAGACACUGAAGAUGAAGAUGACACCAAAGAUAAGAAAGAUCCCAAAGACAAAUCUGACCCUGAUGGCAGUGAUCCUACAGAUGGCAACUCUGAAAAUAAUACUGACAGCAACAAUGGGUCUGCUCCUAGUGGUGCUUCUGGGUCUACAAGUGGACCUGAUUCCAGCAGUGAUGGUGGGGACUUUAAAAAUGUAACUGAUCACAACAAUGAAUCUGACCCUACUAUCGAUAAUGCCACCAAUAGUGAUGUUAAUUUGAAAACUAACACUGAUGAGAUAUGUACUGAAAAUUUAGACAAUGCUUCUGAUCAGGCACAGUAUUUCAGUCAAUACAGUAAUGCUGACUCCAACGGUAGCACAAACCCAACCUUUGGCUCUGGAAACAAAAAGAGAACUGUGCUGGACUGUAUUUCUGGUUGCAACAAUGACACUGGCCCUAGAAAUGCCACUGAACAAGGAAAUAAUAUUUACUCUGAGAUUAUCAGAUCACUUUCCAACAGUCCUUUCUUCAUCAAAAAUGAGAGUCAUCCUAUCAGCAACCCCAGCCUCCAAAAAAGCCAUGGACCCCCAAAAGAUCUUGACACUAUCUCUAAUACUAAACCCAGUAGUGCUACUCAUCAUAAUGUUGUUAUUCCUAACAAUAUUGUUGACCCUAACUAUGGCACAAAACCCAAUAGUAUUCUUAUUUCCAAACAUACAACAUCCCUAAACAAUUAUUCAGACCUUAAUGAUGUCAGAGGGUUUACAUAUGAAGUAAGUUCAAGUUUUGUAGUCAACCCAUACUAUUUUGACAGAAAAAAAUAUGCUGUGGGACUCAAAUUCACACUUAGCACUAUCAAUGCCAUCGAUACUAGCAACAUUACCAGCUGUACAAGUGCUAUCAGCUCUCAGUUUACUUCUGGAAAAAACUAUGCCCCAGACAUUAAACAUCACCCUAGAUUUAGUCAUUUUGAUAGUUUCAACAUUAUCAUCAAUGCUAAUAAUUCUACUAGUACCAGCACUGUUAACCAUUUCCUGGAUACUGAAUCAGAAAUGAAUUCCACAUCAUCUAUUUUUAAAAUUGUUUAUGGAAGCAUCUCAAAUUUUAUUUCUAGUACAAAUUAUACUUAUCCUGACUUUUUUAUAACCUCUGAAUUUUAUGAUCCACUUAAGCUUGGCAGAGAUUAUACAAUCUUUGAUAACCAAAAUAUUAGUGCUUUGUUCCAAGACUCUGCUGAAUACACGGACUCUGAUAAUUCUAAGUAUGCCAGUGGGUCCAUGGAUGCCCUUGAUGCUGAAGAUAUUUCUAGGGUCCAGAAUCCAAUUGUCAUCAAGGAUCCUUCCCCUUUCAAGAUUCUUUCCAGUCAAAGUAUUCCACUCCCUAGUUUUGAUGUUAUAGUGGAAGCUGAACUGCCAGAUAUUGUGAAGUUUGUCAUUCCAUCAGGUGCUGCAAAUCAAUCAUUUAAGAUGUGUGAUAAUAACAGUGGUACUUCAAGAGCAGAAGGGCCAUCUUUGGCAGUACCUAAGGGAGAAAUUACUAAAAGAUCUUCUGAAGUACCUGUUUGGAGAUCAGUAGAGAGACUUUCUUGGGGACCUGAAGAACGACAACCUGUCAGAUUUGAAAGAGGCUAUGCUAUAAAUCCUGCUAGAGAUCUUGCUGAGAGGUCAGGGCAAGGACUCACAACAAUUUCCGCCAGGCGCCAUUAUGUGAGUCCUGCAAGAGCGUACUCUAAGAAAUGUGGUAGAGAAUAUGCCAUCAGUCUUGCGAGAGGAUACACUAAGAGAAAAGGAAGGCCAAGAGUCUUGAGUCCUUACAGAAUGCAUACUGUGAAUUCUGCACAGGAAGUUACUCUGCAACCAGUAUGCAGACUUUCCAUGAGACAUGAAGAAGAAUUUCUUCUGGGAGCUGCAGUGGGACUUACUGUGAAAUCAGUACAAGGAUAUGAUGAAAAAACUGUCAAACAACCUACCCAAGUCUGUUGUUACCAUCGCUGGUUUAAUAAAUGCAUGGUCCAUUGGCUUUGCAGAAAGCUAUUUCAAGACACCAAGGCUGCUGGUUUCAUAUACCUACCAGAAUUUCUAAUUGACUUAGCUCCACAUUGCAGAAGAGACCAUGCUUUCCAAGCCACCCAUGCAAUGAUCAAGAAUUUCUACUUUGCUCAUACAUGCUUGAAUGAGAUGAAUUAUUGGUUUUGUCAGAUGUUACAGUUAGCAUCUGGUUCCUCCAUUGGAGAUGCAGCUGCUAAUGCAGAAUACAAAAGUGUGAGUGCUCUGAUUUAUGCAAAACUUGUUAAGGGUUUGAAGAGCAACUUCCCUGUGAUUUUGUGUGGCUACUACCAAGAAGCAACUACUAUUGUUUCAAUGAAUCCGAACUUCCAAUACAGACGUGCUCAAAAUAUUUCUGAUGAGUUCACUCAUUUCUGCCCUACUACUGUGGAAAAUUGGGAAAGGGCCAAAAAACCAAAACAAAAUCCAACUUUUCCCUCACAGCAACCGACCCUAGAAGGUCAGAGGGAUAUGGGGCUUAUGAGUCAGGCAGUGAUGGUUACUACUCCCCAACUAACUAAGAAGUUAGAAAGCACUGUCCUUGUAAAGCCAAAACCUUCAGCACUUCUUCGCAUAGAGAAAGUACUGGUUAAGUCACCAGGCGUUCCAGAAUUUCAACGGUUAGAUGUUACUGGAAUUGUCAGUCCAGAAGAAAAGGGAAAUGGCACCACAAUAUUGGUUGCUGGUGUGCCUGUAAAGGAGGAGCAAGAUGAUACCGAAAUUCCAACUUUGCAAUUCACUGGGUUUGUACACCUGGAGACUUUGCUAAAGAAAUGUUCACUAUCCUCACAAUACACUCGCCCAGGAACCCCAAGAAAUAUAUGCAUGGAAUCUCCAACAAAUACAGAGUCCCUAGAAAGUGAUGAUAUGGAAGUAGCAAGAAGCAUGUGUCCUUUUAGAGAAAGAUCCAUCUUUCGUCGUUCCUGGAGAGAGCAAUUAGAAGCACCUGCAAACAGUAAGGGGCUCCAUAUUCUCCCAACUGUCCCCAAAAAUGAAAAUAAAGAUAUGGCUUUCAACAAACUAACAUCAGAGGAAGAGAAUGAAGUAACCAUCCGUCCUAAGAAGCAACAUUGCCAGGCUAUGCAAGGCCCUUUCCCCUUGUUACCAAAGCACCGUAAGCUCCAGGCACAUUGCCGUCGAAGCUCACCAAAAUACGGUGAAGUCCGAGGCCAAUACUUAAAUAUACCUGAAUUUGAAGUAAAGGCAAAAAAACCUCACUUCUAGCCAGGUGAUCGGAAUUUACUAUUAGAAGGUCCCUCGGGGCGGGAGAGAGUGGCGCCCAACGUGGGGCUCGAAGUACGGGUCGACCCCGACGGACCCUCGAUAAAAGAGCAGGCCUGCGACAUCAAUAGAUUGGUCACACUCCUCUGGCCCGGAGAAGACUGCAUGACCUGGUGA